GAUCUGUUUUCUACUUUCUGGCUUUCACAAAUCCUAGCACACACUCCUGAAGAAGAUUGAAAUCGCAAAAACCCUAGCCGAGAGGACCAGACGACGGAAAACUGCAGAGAAGUUUCCUUAACUGAAAUCUUUCUUGUGUUGAACCCUACACACAGGAAACCAGAUUCCAUCCGCUUGUAUAGAAAAUUGUUCAUCUUUACCUGGUUUCAGCUACAAUUAGUCAUUUACCUGCUUGUUGUGAUAUUUGUUUCUUUUUCAUGAAGUUUAUAGGCAAUGAGAGUGAAGAUUACACACAUGUAUAAGAAAAUAUAAUGAGUAGACUUUCAUUCAGGCCACGGCCAUUAGAUAUACACAAGAAGCUCCCAAUUGUUAAGUCUCUGAAAGAUUUUGAAGAAGAUGAGACUUCCACUUCUACUCGCAACUCUCAGCUCCUACGCAUUGCUUCGGUUGAGCCUGAUAAUGAGGUGCACCACAUCCCUACCAAGAAACUAGCUCCUGAAAUACCCACUCCUCAGUUUGUUAUUGUUGAUACUUAUGAAAGAGACUAUGCCCGCACUUUCGCUCAACCCACUUCCUACCUACGUGCCAGGGGAGCUCGAGCGGAGCUUGGGGAGUUUGUUGAAUAUGAUCUAGACAAUGAGGAUGAGGAUUGGCUUCAAGAAUUCAACAAAGAUAGAAAGAAUCUUUCACCUGAAAGGUUUGAAAAUUUUAUUUUCAAGUUGGAAGUGUUGGAUCAUAAGGCUCGGGAAAGAUCAGGGGUUAUAAUUCCCACCCUUGGUUCACCAAUCCCUGUACUUCUACAACUUGAUUCUGCAGUUGAGGCCCUGCAAGCUCAAUCUCAGUCCACCCGAAAUGCAGUUUUCCAGUCUGUUUAUAAUUAUUGGAAGGAAAAGCGUGAAAGAUGGCAGAAGCCUAUUUUGCGGCGCUUGCAGCCUCCUCCACCAGUUAAUGACACCAAUCCAUACAAUGUGUUCAGGCCAAGGGAGAAAGCUCACAGACUCCACACAAGAAGGAUGCAAAGGAGGGAAAAUAAUGUGCAGUCAUUUGAAAAGCUUCGCCUGGUGAGACGAAACCUCGACCAAGCUAAGACAAUACUUGAGGCUCUGAUUAAGCGGGAGGAGAAAAAAAGAGAGGCGAUGGAGAGUGAAGUGAGCCUACAAAGGAUCCAAAUGAAGUACAAGAAUGAAACUGAGCUUCUUGAAGACAGCUUGGCUCUUCCUGGAUUCGCACCUCUGUCUUCCAAGUUUGCUUCAAGUGAAGAGGAAUUUGUGGAUUCGGAUGACCUAGCAAACAGCCGUCCACGUACCCAACCUGCUGCAGUUCAUAAUCCUCUAACUGAUAAUAUCCUUACGGCACCUGCAGGAAGCUUGAAGCAAGAGUUUAGGCGGCGGCAUACACCAUAUGGUUGGCUUAAUAAAAUGGAUCCUCUAGAGCCAGUUCUUUUGUUCACAAAACCUCUUGUUCCAGAAAAGUUGGCAGCUGCAGGCAUUGUGCCACCAGUAGAUUCUUCAUCAAAGAAUUGUUCAUCUGCUCCUCCUUUCAGAUUUCAUGGAAGAAUUGGCCGAGGGGGACGGAUUGUAUUUGAUAGAUGGAACCCAUUUUUGCAAACUUCAAUAGAACUUGGCAAUUCUUUUUACUUCCUGCCAAGACCUCGCCCUUCAGCAUAUAAUUGAUAUUGUUACUUGCAUUGUCUUGUUGCUGUGGCUGAUGAUAAUCUGGAAAUAGGCUCAGAUGAUAUUUAUUGUAAUUAUUCAAUAUAAAUCAAGGAAUUUUUUAGGGAUUGCAAAUGCUAUGCUAGGCACUGUGGCAGGUAUUUUACUCUGGCAGCGAAGCCGCAAGCCACAUCUCAUGUAACGGUGUCUUCCUUAGCUCAUGUAUGUCAGAAGAGCAUGCUUGUGCUCUCUCCUUUGCUCAUAAUUAUUAGAAAAGCAUGGUUAUGUUUC